AUGGAGGGUCUGAAUAUGAGCUUAGAAUGUACGCGAGAGAGCCGAUCAAAUGGGACAUGUUAUGGAUUGGCUGUCUGCGGGUUCUGUUAUGAUUUUGCGGAGACUCGACAGGUGUCCAAAGAGUAUGAGCAGUUUAAUUUGGUCGUCAUCGGACUAAUGCUCCCUUUUAUCGGAUGUCUUGGGUUGAUUGGAAAUGCUCUUUCGGCUUUUACUUAUUCGAGAAGAGAGAUGAUUUCUAGUCUGAAUGUUUACCUGUUCGCCUUGGCCUGUUCAGACAUCGUAAUCAUUCUGACAGCCUUCUUCCUCUUUUUCCUGGAGAAUAUGAGGAAACGGUCAGAAUGGGCAACGUAUUACUUUGCCGUUUUGUCACCUGUGAUGUUCCCACUGGGUCUCACUGCUCAGACAAUGUCUGUAUUCAUCACAGUGGCAUCUGCAUUUGACUGUUUGGUUCUAGUAGCCGCCAGUGAGAAGUUUAAAAGCAAAUUCUGCUCGGUUAACACGUCAAUAUUGAUAAUAGUGAAAAUCUUCCUACUGGGAACGUUUUACAACUCGCCACACAUGUAUGAGAUUUUCGUCAUUGACUGCUGGAGUACAAUGUACAACACGGCUUCCAAGGAUGUGUGUCCCACGGCUCUUCGAGCAAAUGAGGAUUACGUGCGUAUCUACUACGUCUACAUGUACACUAUUGUGAUGGCUGUUGGUCCAGUGUUCUUACUCAUUAUAAUCAACACUGCGAUUGUGAUUAGCAUGAAACGGUCCUCGUCACCGAAUAGUGAAUCUGAUAUCAUCACGUUGGUUUUGGUGGUGUGUCUCUUUAUUUCGUGCAAUGUUUUGCCACUGACUGUCAACUUCUUGGAACUGCUCUUCGGCAUAAUCAACAGCUAUCUAAUUGACUUGUCCAAUCUGAUGGUGGUCGUCAACUCGUCCUGCAACUUUUUGAUCUACUACACUUUUGGUUCUAACUUCCGACGUACUCUUCGUCAUUAUGUACGCAAUGCUCUAUUCCGACGGGCACCUGCUCAAGUUACAAACAACCGAACACCACCAAGAGUGAAACUGUGUCUUCCACCAACUGAAGUUUUGAUCUAA